CAUCAUAUUCAUAUUCCUCUUCCUCUUCCUCUUCAUUUUGUUUCUUUAUUUCUUUUUUCAGUCAUCUUCUUUAUUUGUAUGUGUCUUCCGUUUAUAGUAGAAAAACGCAACUUCUUCUUCUUCUUCAUUAAUUUGACGCAACAACACACCUUUUGCAUGAAGCCCCAGCCACCACAUGGGUCUCUACACCCGCCGCCGCCACGACUCCUCUCCCGGCCCCUUCCCUCCGCUCUCACCGCCGACCAUCUCCGUCCCCUCCCCACUCCUCCCCCACCACCUCCGCCAUGACUCCUCUCCUUUCCCCUUCCCCAACACCUCACCACAACCACCACCACCACCACAUUCCCACGAUUUCCCCCGCCACAACCGCCGCGAAUCCCUACCCGGCGCUGCCCCUUCUUUCCCUCCCACCUCCCCGCCGUCCUCAUCUCUCCAUUCCCGGCGCGAUUCCUACCCCGGCCCCUUCCCUUCGCUCCCCUCACCGCCCUCCUCAACCGCCGACCCUCCUCCUCUCCUCUUCCACGCCCGCCGUGAAUCCUGCCCCGGCCCCUUCCCCUCGCCGCGCCGCCACGAAUCCGACCCGACCCUCCUCCCUUCCACCUCAUCACCCUUUCUCAACCACCCCCGCCACCGUUUCAAACGCCGGCUCGACCUCGACCUCGCGUGGCCCUUCGGCGAGCUUGAAGGCGUUGACGAUGAUGACAAGAGGGAAACCGCCUACGAAAUCUUCUUCACGGCGUGCCGGUCCUGCCCCGGAUUCGGUGGCCGGAGCGCGCUUACGUUUCAUUCCAAGCACGAGAAUGACCACGGCGGCGGAACGCAGACGAGCAGGGUGAAGCAAGCCCUCGGGUUGAAGAUGUUGAGAAGCUCCAUGUAUCAGAGAAUGGUUUCCUUCGGGAGAGGCAGUGGCUGGUCGUCCAUGCCGUCAUCGCCGGUGGCUGACGGAAGCCCGCGGUCCCGGGUCGCGCCGCGGAGGACGAUGACUAUGGCGGAGGUCAUGAGGCUGCAGAUGGGGGUGUCGGAGCAGAGUGAUAGCCGGCUGAGGAAAACCCUCAUGAGGACCCUUGUUGGCCAACUUGGCCGGCAAGCAGAAACGAUAAUCCUCCCCUUGGAACUCCUUCGCCACCUAAAACCUUCAGAAUUCAGCAAUCCCCAUGAGUACCAUUUAUGGCAAAAGAGGCAGCUUAAGAUCCUUGAAGCCGGGCUCCUGUUGCACCCUUCAAUUCCUGUAGAGAAAAACAACACAUUUGCCAUGAACCUCAGGGACAUUAUUAACAGUGCUGAACUUCAACCUCUAGACACUAGCAAAACCUCAGAAACCAUGAGAACCUUCAGCAACGCCGUGGUUUCGUUGUCGAUGAGAAGCCCUAAUGGCAUUCCCACUAACGUUUGCCAUUGGGCUAAUGGAUACCCUGUCAAUAUUCACCUCUACAUUUCUCUUCUUCAAUCGAUUUUCGAUCUCGCUGACGAGACACUGGUCCUUGAUGAGGUAGAUGAGCUUCUUGAGCUGAUGAAGAAAACGUGGUCAACAUUGGGGAUCAAUAGGCAGAUUCACAAUGUGUGCUUCACAUGGGUGCUGUUUCAGCAGUAUGUGACAACUGAGCAGAUAGAACCUGAUCUUCUUUGUGCCUCACAUGCUAUGUUGAAUGAGGUGGCAAAUGAUGCUAAGAAAGAAAGGGACUCUUUGUAUGUUAAGAUAUUGACAUGUGUGCUCAGUUCAAUGCAGGGGUGGGGAGAUAAGAGAUUGCUUAACUACCAUGAAUAUUUCCAGGGAGGGGCUAUUGGACAAAUUGAGAACCUUCUUCCUUUGGCCUUGUUAGCAUCCAAGAUUUUAAGAGAUGUUGCGAACUCUGAUGGGGAAGAGCAACAUAAAGGAGAUAAAACUCCAGUGGAUUUCUCUCGAGAUCUGGUUGAUGAUUAUAUUCGCUCUUCCUUGAAAAAUGCAUUUGAAAAGAUAGGGGAAGCAGCAAAUGUCAAAUCUGCUGAAUCUGAAACAGAGAAAGAAAUAAGUGAACUUAUGCUUCAAUUAGCCCAGGAGACUGAAGAUUUGGCAAUGAAGGAGAGAAAAUAUUACAGUCCAAUAUUAAAGAAAUGGCACACAAUAGCAGCAGCAGUUGGGGCGUUGACGCUGAAUAAUUGCUAUGGACAUGUGCUAAAGCAGUAUUUAAGUGAAGUGAUGACCUCAAUAACAGUUGAGAUAGUUCUAGUACUGCAUAGGGCUAAAAAGCUAGAAGAUGUUUUAGUUCAAAUGGUAGUUGAAGAAACUGCUGAUUGUGAGGAUGGUGGCAAAACAAUAGUGAGAGAGAUGGUUCCCUUUGAAGUUGAUUCAACCAUAAUGGACCUUACAAGAAAAUGGAUAGAGGAGUCACUGCAUGAAGAGAAAGAGUGUCUGCAAAGAGCAAAAGAAACUGAAUCAUGGAAUCCAAAGUCUAAAUCAGAGCCGUAUGCAAAAUCAGUGGUAGAGCUGAUGAAUUUGGCCAAGAAAAUUGUGUACGAAUUCUUCCAAAUCCCAAUAUCAAUAACUGAGGAUUUAGUUGAAGAACUUGCAGAUGGAUUAACAAAAAUCAUCCGAGAGUACAUGAUGUUUGUUGCAGCAUGUGGUUUGAAAGAGAACUACAUUCCCUCACUUCCCCCACUGACCAGGUGCAACAGGAACUCAAAGUUCCACAAGCUGUGGAAGAUAGCUAGGCCCUGCAACGUUAGUUGUGAAGAUCCACACAUAUAUGGAAUAUUAGAAGCUAAUCACCCCCAUUCAUGCACGAGCCGCGGAACACAGCGCCUGUACAUUCGCCUCAACACCUUAUACUACCUCCUUUCUCAAAUCCCCUCUCUUGACAAAUCACUCUCCCUGACCCCACGAGUGGUUCCUUCAGACCGCCACAAGACUCGAAGCACUUCAUACUUUGAAUCAGCAAGCAGCUCCGUCCUUGCAGCCUGCCAGCACGUCUCUGAAGUCGCUUCCUACCGCCUCAUAUUCCUCGACUCAAACUCCUUCUUCUAUGACAGCCUCUAUGUUGGCGAUGUAGCGAAUGCCCGGAUAAACCAUGUCCAUGCCUUGACAACCCUCAAGCACAAUAUCAAACUAAUGACUGCAAUUCUGACAGAGAGAGCUCAAGGACCUGCAGUGAAGGAAGUCAUGAAGGCCUCUUUUGAUGCAUUUCUCAUGGUUUUGCUUGCGGGGGGAACGUCAAGGGCGUUUAAUGAGUCCGAUCAUCAGAGUAUCCUAGAGGACUUUGAAGGUCUGAAGCAGGAAUUCCGCACUUGUGGAGAAGGAUUUGUGGCAGAAAAUGUGGUGGAGAAAGAGGCUGAGAAAGUGGAGGGAGUCAUUGCAUUGAUGGGGAUGAGCACUGAAGACUUGAUGGAGAAUUUGAGUAGCUUGUCAAGUGAAUCAAGUGGAAUAGGAAUUGUUGGGAAUGGGCAGAAGUUGCCAAUGCCUCCUACUACUGGGAAGUGGAAGACAACAGACCCCAACACAAUAUUGAGGGUAUUGUGCUAUAGAAAUGAUAGAGUUGCAAAUCAUUUUUUGAAGAGGACAUUCCAGAUAGCUAAAAGGAGAUGACAACAAAAGAGGCUGAUAGUGGGCCUAAAGAAUGGGUUUUGAUAUAUUCACACAUAUUCAUCUUCUGUCCCAUUUCCGCCCAUUUUCUCUUCUUACUCUUACUCUAUUCCUAUAUGUCUCUGGGUGCGGAUGAAAUUGGGAUGUGAACAAAUUAUUUUUGUAAAGUUAUAGGGUAUAAAUUAGGAAGAAUAGGAAAGGAAGGGGGAUCAUUCCCCAGACCAUUGUAUGUAAAUGUGUAACAACGUGAAUCUGUUAGUUACUUAUUGUGUUAAAUAGGGAGAGAAGGGGCAGGGAAGGGAGUAGGAAAACAAUGGAAAGGAGUUAGUGGAACUGUCUGUGUCUCAUAUACUACCUCUGAAUCUCAUUGAUAAGGGGGAUUUUGUUGUAUUUCUCCUCCUGUUAUGGUUAGGUUCUACCAUAGGCAUAUUAAUUUUUGUUUGUGGUUGAAGUUAAAGAAUCCAAUUUGUAACAAGUUGUGGCAAUAUAUUUUUUUUCUUUUUCCUCCUAA